UCAAACCAGCUGUUGACAGUGUAGGACAUAAGCGCAUAAAAUAGAUUACCACUACCUACAUAUCUAAUAUUUCAGACGUACGGUGCGGAAGGCGUAGAAACUUUUGAGUGCAACAUAUUUCUGUUGAUUCCUGCAAUUGAUGCGCCUGGUUGCCGUUGCACUCACUAAUCAUGGAUGCAAAAGCCCAACCAGCAAAGGCAAAGCCUAAGAAGGAUAGAAAGCAAGUCAUAAUGGAGCUAGUUGCACAAAAUAACAUGCAGGGUGCAAUGCAUCAUAUGCAAUUGUUAAUGGCUGAGCAACAGAAAGAAAAAGAUAUGGAGAAACAAAAGCAGGAGGAAAUGGAUGCAAUGAUGAAGAUGUUUGCGCAGAUGAUGUCCGCUGCGAAUGCAAAAAAUGCGGCGGGAGGUGACGCCACUGCAGCUAAAAAGGAUAAAGCAGAGAAAAAGCAGCGGGCGCAGAAUCGCGGCAAAGGAGAUUAUAAGAAUCAAGGUAAUCGCGGACCUGGUGACCAACAGAAAAAAGGCGGUCCUAACCAGAACCAACAUCAGAAUAAAGGUCCACAAAAUUUCAACCGGGGCCCCCCUCGAGGUGGCCCAAGAGGCGGCCGCGGUCAGUUUAACAAUGCACCGCAUCAACCACACAGCGUGUUCCAUCAAGGACCACCACCACCUCAUGCACCGCCCUAUCAUCCAGGCAUGAGGCCACCACCACCACCACCUCAAUAUCACCACGGUCCACAUCCGAACAUGCCGCCUCCGCCGCCUCAUUUCAAUCCUCAAUAUGGGCCACCACCGCAGCACUAUCCCAACUAUAAUUAUCCACCGCAAGUGCCUCCACCUGGCCCGAUGCCAGGUCCUAGCAUGCCGUAUUCGCCAGCUCCUGGCUACCCGGGACAGUAUUCGCCUGCCCCACAACCACAACAAGUGCAAAUCAAUGUCAAUCUGCCCAGUGGAAGUACGGAAGCAGGCGGAGCCAAGAAGAAACAAAGAGCCGUCAACAAUCCUGUUGCAACUGAGGCGCCUCCGUCGUAUGACAGCGUCGUUGGCGAAGAUAACAGUCAAGUACAGGCGGAUGGAGCGAAUCAAAGAGGCAGGUUCCAACGUGGACGAGGCAAUCGUGGAAAAGGUGCGAACAGGGGUAGAGGUGCAGGAGGACAGAACCAGUUUAAGAAGCCUGCUGGUCGCAAACAUGCGCCGGGGACUGUUAAGGCUGAGAAAAAGGAUGAAGCCGAAGAUGAGGAUGAUGAUGAUAAAGGCGCCGAGUCUGAUAGCUCGGCUAGCAGCAUCGAAGUGGUCGAGAAGCACGAAAAACCAAAGGAGAAAAUUCCUAAUCCUUUGGAUGAUGCCAUGGAGGAUUUGAAGAAGAAUAUUCUGAGCUUUUUUAAGAAGAUCUAACUAAUUUUACUAUAUAAUAAAGUUUAUAUCUAUACACACUCUAUAUUUCGUAAUUUGAAAGAUGUAUUUGAUUUUAUGAAUCUGGUUAAGCUGUUUUGAAAUAAAUCGCUUCAUAUGUCAUUGAGGUUUUCCCUUGCUGUUUAUGACCGCAUUGCUAUUGUUCGGAUAAUAUGGAAAACGAACCACGCACAAGGUCAAUACUGAUUUCUGUUAAAUUGCUGAUAAAUAACGAGAGAACUGGUAGAACGCCAUUGAAACGUGCGCGCAGUGUUUGCACUCUAAAUGUAUAUUUAAAUUCGGUUUUAAGUUAAGUGUUAAACAUGUCAUCUAAUCCAAAACCGCAAAAAGAUAGAAAGUUGAUCAUCCAGGAGCUUGUUGCGAACAACAACAUGCCGGCUGCAAUGCAUCAUGUUCAACAGGCUUUGACUGAGCAGCAGAUAAAAAAGUGUAUGGAUGAACAAAUGCAAGCAGGGAAGACGCCGAAAAGCAAGAAAAAUACGCAGACACAACCAGGACAUCAACAGCGUGGCAAAAGCUAUGGUAAAAGUGGUGGCGGUCAUUAUCAGAAGUUUAGCAACAAUGGCCCAAGGAAAUUUACAAAAUCGAAGAGAAAAUCAACAAAUCAACAGAAUGAAGAGCAAACAGAUGAGUGCUGCUGCAUACUUUGAUAAUAUUACGCGUAGAUGUGUAUAACUGACUAAAUAAAUUUGUCUAAGCCGA